CAGGCUUACAAGCAUGUUUUCACGUCCCCAAGUUCAGUCGAGAGGGAGCCGAAGGCCACGCGUUCGGGAAAUGCUCGCCUCCAUGGCAUGAAUGCUGUGACCAUUGCUUCCGUGGCUUAUAUCGCAACCCAGGUGCGAUUUGCUCUCAGUUCGUCCUCGGUAUUCUCGCGGACCGAUACAACUACGGACUCUGAGACGUUUUACCACAGUCUCCUUGACCUCUUAGAAGACCCCGAGGAAUGUCAAGAAGUCGAUGAACUGCUGACCUGGUGGAAUCGCCAAGUGUUUCCCACAUCCUCUGCUGCGAAGAGACCUAUCAGUGCCAAUAGCGCCUUAUCCAAGAUCCGACAAAAACGCCUUGCUCUCAGACAAGCCGCAGAUUCGGAUAAUGGGUCUCUGUAG